AAAGCGUGGACAAAAUGGAGAGAAGCAGCAAGUGCAGUAACGGGCUGUCUGUGUUUGAACAGCUAGGACAGCGCAUGGAAGAUGUGUCUGGAGACAGAGGGGUGUUAAAGGAGGUGAUCAGGGCAGGAAGUGGUGAGACAGUACCCCAUGAUGCAACAGUGAUAGUAAAGUACUCUGGGUACCUGGAACAUGCAGAAAGACCUUUCAACACCAAUUGCUUUCAGCGUUUCCCAAAAUUAAUGAAACUUGGUGAAGAUAUUACUCUUCUUGGAAUGGAAAUUGGGUUGUUGACCAUGCAGAAGGGUGAGCUCUCCAGGUUCCUGUACUUUCCCAGAUAUGCAUUUGGAAAUCUAGGCUGUCCACCACUCAUUCCUCCCGCAGCCACUGUCCUUUUUGAAAUUGAGCUUCUGGAUUUUCUAGAUACCGCUGAAUCUGAUUCUUUCUGUAACUACACGCAGGAGCAGCAGUCCAGGUUUCCACUGGAUAAAGUUCUCAAGAUUGCUAAAACGGAAAAAGAGUUUGGAAACUACCUAUUUAAACAAAGCAGAUUUGAUGAUGCCAAAGAUAGAUAUAAACGGGCAUUCACUCUACUAUCUCAUCGAUCCUUCCUUGAUGAAUGUGGUAGUCUAAACUCUGCUCUCCUUUAUGUAAAUUUAAAUUUGUCUCUCACUUACCUGAAGCUGGAGCGCCCUUCUCGUGCCCUAACCUAUGGAGAAAAAGCCUUGGCCAUUGAUGGAAACAACACCAAAGCACUGUACCGCUGUGGGCAGGCCUCUCUAGACUUAAGAGAAUAUGAGAAGGCUCAACAUUUCUUACUGGCUGCACAAAAGAUGGAGCCAUUUAACCUGGAAAUUAACAAUGAGUUGAAAAGGCUUUCAAGUUGUUAUCAGGAGUACAAGGACCAGCAAAAAAAGAUGUGCCGCCGUAUGUUUUCUCCACAAACUGCCGCAGCCACAUUGAUUUAGUAAUGAUGGACUAUUAUGGACAAAAGGGGUCCUGCCCACAGACCAGCCAUCUUGCUUAUAUCCAG